ACAUGCCGUCUGAGCAAGAAACGCUGCCAUACUGGCAGGUCAACGUCCCGGCCGGAGAAAGAUCUUCUGAGUGUCCUGAUUUCUUGAAAGAUGCCAACGAGAAAGACCAGAAGAUCCUAGCCACUCCAGAUUCCGAGUUUCGUCGGUUGUCCUGGCCAGAGGUCCAGGAACUCAUACGCACGAAUCGCAUUGAUCUAUUCCAUGACCUUCGCCGCUACAAGGCCUAUACUGCAAAGCUCAAGGACCAGUAUGGUUCAGUCAUGAAUUUCGUCAUGACCGAGAGAUUGAGAUGGCAAGAUCUCNACGACGUCAAAAUUUUCUUGAAUGAUUGGCCAUACGGGAUUGACACAAGAAUUGUGCACCUUGUUGUAUGGGUCAAAUUUCAAUUUGAGGAAGACGCCGUCAGCGGUGACUUGACCGAUGCCGCCAGAGAACAGAUUGGUUCGUACGUCGACCAGACAUUUCGAACUCAUGUUGGCGCUGAGAACUGCAUUUGGUUCAAGAACUGGGCCAGCCUCAAGUCUAUUCAUGCAGUUGAGCAUUUCCAUGUUAUGCUAUUCUCUCCCGACAGAGAAUUCGUGGACAACAUCACGAAUGGCGACGUAGCAUUAUCAGACAAGAUUGGGGCCAACGUU